UAUGCUUCGGUGUUUUCUCUCUUGAAUUGAAUAUUGAUCUUUAAAUGCGGGCUCUUCAACGAUACACAUCAAUUGGGCUGGUAACUUUUGUAGUUGGAGUGAUAUUAAUAGAAGAGCUUCAUCUUGGAAAAGGAUACAUUUAUCUUGCCAAUCAGUAUGAUCAUGAAGUUAUCAGAAAUAUUUCAGUGAUAAGAAAAGAUAAAAUUGAAAAUAUUGGAAUAGUGGUGGUCCUGAAUAGUUUUGAAGAUGAAGAAAAAUAUCAAAUGGCACUGGACACUGUCAGAUGUUAUGGAAGACAUUUCGAGUACGAUGUUCAUAUUUUUCAUGGGAAAAAUGAGAAGAAAAUAUCUGAAAAGUGUCAGCAGGCUGAUUUCAUGUUCCGCCGUCAUUGCAUUCUUUCUCUGAAAAUGUCUUCAAUUUCCAAUACGUGGCUUCUUUUUCUUGAUGGUGACAUGGGUGUAAUCAAUCCGAAUCACUUGAUUGAAGAAUAUAUUCCUAAAGAUCAGAAUGUUCAAAUUGUAUUCUACAAUCGAAUUAUGAAUCACGAAGUGAUGGCUGGAUCCUAUUUGGUUCGAAAUUCUCAUUGGUCUCGUCAAUUCUUGAUGUACUGGGCGACUUUUGAAAGUCAACUUCCAAAAUCUUUUCAUGGAUCUGAUAAUGGGGCGAUCCAUAGCGUAAUUCUACGUCAAGGGCCUCUCGAAUUGAAGAAUAAAAUUGAUUCUUGUGAAAAUAAUUUCUGGAAAGUGGCGAAAGAUUACGAGAGCUUAUCGACUUACGAAGUUUGUGCACAUCAAUUGAUAAAAGCUAAUAGAAUACCAGAAAUUAUGAUAUUAGAGAAGGGUCGAUUUUCCUGGGCUCGAGAUGGUUGGCUCACUAACUCUGUUUGGUCAGAGACUGACUUUAUAUUUCAUGGUUGGCAGAAAAAGCGUAAAGACAAGCUAACUUUUGCCAUGUGGCACUCGCCUCUGAUCUACGACAGUCCAUGGAACCUGACAAGAUGUUCAAAAGGCGUUGCUUAUUUGAAUUGGAGAUACAAGGAUUCUUUUAUUGGAAGCAUUAUUGAUGUUGAUCGGAACAUUUUGAGCACAAUUGAGAAUCAAAAGGAUUCUUACAGCAAACAAGCGAAGAUUGUAUCGAAGCUUCAACGAUAACACGAUUUAUUACACUUGUACACUUUAUUUUGCAGAUUUAUUCACUUUGAUUAUUCUUACUUGCCAUAUCUUAGAUACGCGUUCAAAAUUUUCAAUUGGCAUUAUCCUAACCGUUUUUGUGAUCUUUAUGAGAUUAUCUACUUACAAAAUACUUUGAAUAUCAUGUUAAAUAGUUUUAGUAGGAAUUUAUUUCGAAACAAUAAAUAUUUUUCCUUUU